AUGAGGGCCGCGAAGGCGGCGGCGGAGAGGACGGAGGACAAAGAGAUAGACUUGCUUCUCAGCGAGAUCCCCCACGUCACGUCCCCGCAGGGGCGGCAGCGCGGGGUGGGCGUCAUCGGCGACGGCAACGGCAACGGCAACGGCAGCGGCGUGCAUGGCGCCUCGGGUUCCGACGGCUACACUUCACCAAUGCGCAUCGGGUGCCGACGGGUACACUGCCCCUCGGGUGCCGACGGGUACGAUGCGCAGCGCCACGGCAAGGACGCCUACUACGACAUGGUCCUGAACCGUCGCGACAAUGGUGCUCCACUCCACGGCGGCGAUGCGGGGGCCGUUGGCUUCCCCGCGCUGGGGGUGGACGACCAGGAGCAUCAGCUGGUCGCGAACCAGCUCCGCGGUCUGCGCAUCGGGGACGCGCAGGCCGCGCUCCAGCGCCAGGGCCCGCCGCCAGUCAUGAGCGCGGCCACGACCGAGGUCCCAGCAGCGCACGGCGCGUACCAUGGGUACAACUUCGCGGCGUCAGGUUCUUCCGUCCGCCAGGAACACAUGUUCCUUGAUCAGGCCAAACCUGUCGGGUACGUCGCAGCACGGCCGCAUCGCUUCGUGUCGGACGUUGGCCUGGAUGACUAUGGUGGUUACCCAAGAGCCCUGGACACCAGCAUUGGCGGUUUCAUGUACAAUAGGGUAGGGCAUGGCACUGGCAUUGGUUGGUGCCAAGGUUUGGUGCAGCCUGAUUUCGCCGAGUCCUACCUGCUUUCCAGUCAGGCUGGUGCAGAGUUUUCCAGCUCGAGUCCGGUUGCCCUUAAGCGACACUAUGCAUAUGGUGGUGUCCCUGUGGCAGCCGACGGGUUUGCGAGAGGCAGAAAUCAGUUUGAUGCAUUCCGUUGUGACAACAGUCCCAGUGAGGCUGGUGCAGAGUUUUUCAGCUCGAGUCCGGCUGCCCUUGACUUCCGUGGCGGACCAAAGCGACACUAUGCAUAUGGUGGUGUCCCUGUGGCAGACAACGGGUUUGCGAGAGGCAGAAAUCAGUUUGAGGCAUUCCAUUGUGACAACAGUCUGAUGUUUGAUGGGAAGAACAUGAACUUCCUGGAACGUGAGAGGGAGAGGAGAUUCCAGUGCGUCAAUAGCAGGGCACUGGAGCUUGGGAGUUCUAGGACUUUGAGGUUUGACAAUGUGGUUCGUGUCAAGGAAGGAUCCAUCUACCACAUGGCCAAGGACCAAAAUGGGUGCCGGUAUUUGCAGGACAAGUUUUUGGAAGGGAAGCAUCAUGUCGAUGCGAUCUUUGAAGGAAUCAUUAACCACAUCGCAGACCUUAUGAUCAGCAGUUUUGGCAACUAUCUUGUACAGAAGAUGCUGGAAGUGUGUGAUGAAGGGCAAAGGCUGAGGAUCAUCUUAGUGCUGACGCAGGACCCUGUGAAGCAGCUGAUUGCCAUCUCUCUAAACACACAUGGGACCAGGGUAGUGCAGAGAUUGAUAGAGACUGUUAGGAGUAGAGAUCAGAUUAUGCUCAUCAUUUCAGCCCUACAGCCAAGCUUCAUGCUGCUUGUCAAUGACCCCAAUGGUAAUCAUGUAAUACAGAAAUGUCUGACAAACUUUGGAGCUGAGGAUAACAAGUUCAUAUUUGAGGGCGCUGCAGCCAACUGUUUUAACAUGGCGGUACAUCGCCAUGGAUGCUGUGUUCUACAACGUUGCAUAUCUAAUGCACGUGGUGUAUACCAGGCCAAUCUAAUUGUGGAAAUAUGUGCUCGUGGCUUUGAGCUUGCUCAAGAUCCAUUUGGGAACUAUGUGGUCCAAUAUGUUUUGGAACUGAAAAUUCCUUCUGCAAAUGCACACUUGGCAUCUCAGUUUGAAGGAAAGUAUAUUUAUCUCUCAAAGCAGAAGGUGAGCAGCAAUGUGGUGGAGAGAUGCCUAAAGUUUUUCCCGGACGAUGCCAAAGCUGUCAUAGUACAUGAAUUGCUCUUGCUCAGCGGGUCUCACUUUGAGCAACUGCUGCAAGACCCUUAUGCCAACUAUGUCAUUUACACUGCCCUUCUCCACACCAAGGGCCAUCUGCACAGUGCCCUUGUUGAAGCGAUCCGCCCUCAUGAGGAUGCCAUCCGGACCAGCCCCUGUUGUAAGAGGAUCUGCAGGGCCCUGUCCAGGAGGUGA